CAGCUUAAUCAAAUCUUUCCGAGUAAUUAACAAGCUUUCUCAGACGGAUAAUACAAUUAAGAGACCCCCCUCCCCACUCCAUGUUUGGUUGAAAGGCAGGAGGGCGUGGGUCCUUCACGUCACGUCACGCAGUGAGUGGACCGACUGACUUGGAGGACAAUGUGACUUGGAUUGACUUGGACCAUAGCGCGAAAGACAAUCAUUCCUCUUCUUUUAUGCUUUCAUAAUUAUUUAUUUGUUUUUUCCCCUCAUUAUUUAAGUAUGCAAGGAGGAACGCCGCUUGAGUUUCGAUGGACGCUUUUCGUACUUUUUUGGAACUUUUUCUUCGACUUCAGCCAAGGUUCUCCUCCACCUUCUUCUGAUUUUUUGCACGGAGUGGUGCACAGACACAGGAACAGGAACUGGUGCGCCUACGUGGUGCACAAGAACGUCAGCUGCGCUGUGCAAGGCAGCGUGGAGAGCUUCCAGGAACCGGUGGUGGCUCCCUGCCCGUCAUACCUGACAAACUGCCCCCGACAAGUCGCAUACCAAACCCGGUUCCGUCCAACUUAUAAAAUUGCCUACAAGAAGGUCACUGAGCUGGAGUGGCGAUGCUGUCCAGGCUACCAAGGAAUCGGCUGCAGAGAUUUAAAACCCACUCCAGAGCGGCAGAUCGUGCAGGGAACUCAUCCUUAUAAUGGUCCGUCGAGUCCCGCGUAUUCGAGCCGACACGUGCAGAGACCCGAGCGCAGAGAGACGGGGCACCACGAGACAAAGCAUGACGGGACAUCGAAUAAGGUUCACCUUCUUGAAGGUGAAGUCCAGCGCCUCUCUCAGACUGUCCUGGAACUGCAGUCCGCCUUGAGGGAGUUAGGUGCCAACGUGCGUGCAGACCUGCAGGAGGACACCAAGAAGAUGCUGGUGACCCUCUUCAACAACAUGCAACCGCCAGGUAGCGUGGCAAUCCCGGCUCCAGAGGAGAGUCCUGCGGUUCUGGACGGCCACCAGGCAUCUAGAGGCGGCAUGGCCGGAGACAAGGUCUUAGAAAAAAUAGAAGCACGCUUAGAUGAUAUCAACGAUGCGCUAAAAAGCAAGGAGGAGGUUCUGGAAGACCUCCGAGGGGCAAUAACAAGUCAUGAGGGACAGAUCCGAGUUCUGAUGGACGCUUCGCAGUCUCAGACUCCAACUAUGAUGGAGUUGGAUGUGGUUCAGAGUUAUAUCGACGGCAAAGUGGAGAAGCUUAAGAAUGAGCAAGACAAAACCAUGAAGGAACAGCUGGACAAGAUCCAAGCAUCAUGCAGCAGCAAAAUACAGACCUUACAGAAGACCUGCGAGGACAGCCGUGACCAAGGUUUGGUGAGCCUAACCAAACUGGUGGACAACAAAGAGGCUGACCUGAGAAAGGAGAUCCGCGCGCUGCGUCUGGACAUGACGGCUGCUGACGGGCCUUCACGUAUUCAGAGGCAGACAGACCCCGUGAAGAAACAAGAGGACCACAGCGACCACGAGGAUUUGUGGCGUGAAAUCGACCGCAUCACGGAGGCUUACCGUAUCCUGAACGUUCGCAUCGACAACGAGCUGGCACAUCUGUCAGAGCCUGAGGAGGACAAGGACUUCGGAUCUCUUAUUGAGGAACUGGAAGCCCGCAUCAACGUCACCGAGCAAAACGCAGAGACUCACUGCUUCUACGUGGAGGAGAAGCUAACGCGGACCAUCUUAGAUAAAGUGGCGUCACUGCAGCAGGUCCUGGAUGAGCGUCUCAACAGCAUGGAGGACCAGUUCACGGGCAUGCUGGUAGAGAUGAGCAACAACUCCUUCCCGGGAAUGUUUGGCGACUCCAUGGAUGCCGUGCAGGCAGAAGUCAACAACAAUAAGUUCCUCCUGCAGGGUUUGGAUGACAAGAUCAAUGCUGUUGGAGAAUUGUGCUCCGCAGGGUGUGCUGGAUCAGAAGCAGCAGAAAGUUCUUCACUAGAAAACAUCUGGAAGGAUCUGCGUCGCUACAAAAACGACUUUGACAUCCUUCAAGCGGACAUCAAAGCAAAUACGGACAAGCUGUGGCAAUUGCAGGACGGCGUCAAAAUGGAGUCAACCGGUAGCGAGAGACGUUCCAAGACUAUGGAGGACUUCCAGAAGGAGUUGAGUAACCUCCAAGAUAAUGUUCUGGGUCUGGCUGGUGCAGUCACAGGUCUGAGUGACUCCUUGAGCAAGUACAACCAAGAUAUGGUCCAAAUAAAUUCAACAUGCUGCCAGGCGGGGAAGAACACUCAAGGGAGGCUGCCGCUUGGCGCUGCUGGUCUACAAGUCGAGGAAUUGAACAGCAGAGUGGACAAUCUUACCAAGCAGAUGUUUACUGAUUUGAGUCGAGGCGUGGAAGGACGAGUGAGCACGCUUGAGAAGGUGUGCGGCCCGCUGGACGGAUUUUCUGGCAGCAUCACAGAGCUGAUGGGCGGCCUGGAGAGACACGUGGGAAUGCUGCAAGACAACGUGGAAAGGAUUAACGUCACUUGUGGACGCCACAGCGCAGACAUUGUGGAACUGCAGAACGCGUUGCAGAAGUUCCAGGCCCAGCUGUCUGCCAUGGCUAGACAAGUUUUGAAAGCCGUCUCUUCCAAGGAGCCUGGUUUGGUUCUCAGACCUGAGCCCCCAGCUUCUGUACCGGCCUCCCCCCCAACGAGAGGCAGAGUGAGACAAAUCCACAUACCUGUCAUCAUCCCACCGCCGCCGCCAAGGCAGCCCAGCCAAGCAGGCCAACCGGUCGUCCACACCAUCAAGAUGGCCCCACCAAGCCAGCCGUCCAGCCCCCAACAACCCGGUAGGCCCGUGGUGGAGACCGGCGAGGCGGGGCCCCCGGGGUACACACGUAGGGUGACGGUGAGGAGGGGCUCGGAGGAUUCGUCCAGCGUGCCCAUCACUGGCUUCGCAGGAGCGCCAGGCUACCCUCCUUUGCAGCCAGUAUCUCUCCAACCCCGGCAAAGUAUCCACAGAGGUCCAGUAGCAGCCAAAAUUCCCUGGAGUCCGUCAUACCAACAAUCACCUGCUGCAACGGACCACAGCACCUUCACAGACCCUUUGUCCUUCUCGGCCGGACUCACUCGCCAGCCUUUCUCUGGAGACUUUGGUAUCAUCCGCUUCAACAAGGUUCUGGUCAACGACGGCGGCCAGUACAGUCCCCACACAGGACUGUUCACGGCACCACAGGAAGGACGAUACCUCAUCUCAGGACUUCUGACCGCAAAGGAAGGUGAUCGCAUAGAAGCGGUGCUGUCCGUGUCCGACCGCGGCGUCCAGAGGCUUCAGAGCUCGGCGGCAGUGGCGCCUUCAGGUUCAGGUCAGCCCGGGUGCUCGGAAGCGUGCAUCCAAGGAGGCUCCGUCUCCUUCAGCCUGAUUGUGCCGCUGAGGAAAGGAGACCGUGUGGGCCUCAUGAGGACCGCAGGCCAGCUGGCCACCACCGAGGCCCGGGAGAUCCUCUCCACCUUCAGCGGCAUCUUCCUCUACGGACCACCGGCGGCCCACCACCACCACCACCACCACCACAGAUAGCUGCAGCUCAAAGACUGGAGAAUGGCAACUUUGUGCACAUAAACAAUAAGCAACACCAGCAAGAUUGGUUUUCAGUAUAUCUGACCACCUUUGUAUCCCCUUUUUGUGAAUAUGAUACACAUCUUUGACGUUGCUUCAAUAAAUCCUGAUAAAUCAACUUUAGCAUGCACAUAAAGAAAGGAUCAAUAGAAAUAUUUCACUUUUAGAAAACUCUUCACGACGAUCACGGACCUAAUCUCCAGAGACGGCCAGGUGUUGCUGGAAGCUUUCACUGUUUUCUACCAGCCAACGUCUCAGACAUGAUGCACGAUGCAGGGUUGGGCUUUUUAGGGUUAAAGCAAUAAAAAAAAGUUCCCACUGGCAAUUUCUUUUCAUUACAACUACUUUUACCAAAUAAUGUCCAGAGAAUAAUGUAAUACUACAAUAUAUGAAGAAAGUUGUAAGAUUUUUAUUUGCAAUUUUGAGAUAAUAAAAUCAAAAAAAUUGCGGUAGUACUAAAAAAAGACAGAAAAUGCAGAGAAAGUCUUAUUGAAGAGACUAAGUUGGCAUAAUGGAAAAUAAAUGUCUCAUAUUAGCAGACUAAGACAAUAAUACAAUUAAAUAUUUCAUUACAAUAAAGCCAUAUUACAAAGGCUAGCUAUAAAUGUAAAAGAUAGUAAUAUGACAAAGACAUAAUUACCGUAAUGCCUUGUUUAUGAUGAAUUGCUUCCUCACCUGACCAUUAUAAGUGAAUUUUUAUUUCUAAAUUAUUAAUAUGCCCUUAAAAUAUGGUAAAACGUUAUUAGAGUCCUCCAGACCUGAAAUAGCACCCCUAUAGUCGCCUUUAUACUCAGAUUACCCAAUUUAGUAGCCAUAAUACGACACAUGGUGGCAUUUAGAAAGUUGCUUUCUUUGUAUU